CAUAAAUACUCUCGACCUACAACUGCGACCUGUCCCGUAGACAAAACAGAAGAUGUCGACGCUUCGUAACGGCAACCCGGAGCCAUCUGGCCAUACGCAACACACGGUGAAACACUCACCCGCACGAGGCCACGCUCCAACACCCAGACCUGCCCCGUAGGUAACGAGGAAUCGACGUCAGGAUGACCGAUUGGAAGGACCUCGUCAAGCAUGGCUGGCACCCCGAGAAAGAAGGGACCACUCUCAAGGGCCAGGUGAAGAGCCUCGUCAGCCGAGGAGACAAGUCGCCUGCCCGCUCGGCCAGUGCUCACUCCGCCGCUCCCGUCUCCGCCCUGCGCGACCCUUCGUCCUUCGGCCCACCCCCGAAGCACAUCAGACAGGCCGGUAGCCGUGGUGUAAGCCCGAGCUCAGCAACGCCACAGCAACAGGAAAUUUACCAGCCGCAAGCCAGCCCGGCGGUCUCGCCAGCACCAGCAUCGGGACAGGCAUACGACACCUAUCGCGGACCGCAGAGCGGGGAGCCCGCGGCCGAGCCAGAACCGAAACCAAGGCCGUAUCAAGUCGAUACGACGGGCCUAUCUACGUCCCACCUACCUCCACCGCCCGUACGACGAGAUGGUGCAGAUAGACCAGCGGGCCAGGGUCCCCCUCCCUCCCUGCCACCGAAGCCGAAACCGAGCAACCCGGGCACUGCCCCGACGCUACCUCCCAGACUUCCUCCGCGAACUGGAAGUACCUCCCCCGCCCACGCCCAGAGUCCAGUCUCGACAGGUGGCAGCAACGGCCCAUCUAGUGGGCACAUGAACCAAGGCGCGCUCGACCGGUUAGGAGCAGCAGGGAUCUCGGUGCCGGGGUUAGGUAUCGGAGGAGGGGCGGGAGCAGGAGCAGGAGCAGGAGGGAAAACACGCGUCGCACCUCCUCCCCCUUUAUACCUACCGUCCCGGACAGGCUCGCCUGCUUCCGGGUCAUCGACAAGGACGCCGCCGCCACUACCGUCACCGUCGCCAUCCCGCGGGCAGCUCGGCGAACUCCAGAGCCGGCUCUCUCGCCUCGGCACUUCCUCGUCUCCUGCCUCCCCUCUCCCCGCCCCCUCCUCUUCCGGACCAAACGAACCGCCACAGCAACGCAAGUCUACACCGCCUGCGCAGGGUACCACGUGGGCGGAGAAGCAGGCCGCCCUCCGUACGGCGGCCAGCUUCCACCGGGACCCGACUUCGGUAUCGCUAGCAGACGCCCGCGCCGCCGCCGGCACGGCGCGCAACUUCCAGCAGCGGCACGGCGACCAGGUCGCGGCGGGGUUGCGGACGGCGGAUGGGCUAGGCCGGCGGUUCGGCGCGCAGGAGGUGGUGCUAGGUACCGGCGGCGGCAGCGCCGAGAAUAACGGUGGGCAGCAGCAGCAAGGCGGCAGUAAUGGGCUGUCUAUGGGCCAGCUCGCGGGGGCGCUAGCCAAGAAGAAGCCUCCGCCUCCGCCGAAGAAGGCAGAGUUAUCUAGGGCCGGCGAGGGCCAUCGAGGAACAUCACCACCUCCGGUGCCGACGGCUACGAGGCCUCAGUUUUAAAUGGAGUGGAGGAUAGACGUGACGGGUAUGUACGCAUCUAGCUACGGUCCGGGAAAGGUAGACCAGUAUCUACUAGAACUACUAGAAGGCGCUUCGGAGCACGAAU